CCUAUAUGUCCGAUACCUACGCGGGCCAGUAGCAUCAGUCAAUCGAGAUUGCUACGGGCAGACAGCGAUGGGUCCAUGAGUGAAUUCAAUAAAUCGCUACGCAAAUACGAUUCAGGCGCAAAAGAAGGGUCAUACAAUGACCUUAGCUAUGAAAAAUGUCGAGAUUCUGCAGAUGAUUCUUUUAUGGAUGAUGAUGACGACUGCCUCCACGAUAUCGAAAAGGUGAUUACAGAGGCUAUAGCAAAUGUGGAACAUGGGAACACAGGAAACGAUACGAUACGAGUUUCUAAGACGAGAAACACUCCAGGGAAUGCUCAAGGCUGCUUUGAAAACCUGCAUGACAAGCUGUUUGCCACAGUUGGCCCGUCUAGCUUGACAGAACCAGCAGCGCGACGUUCUUUAAAACGUGCUGCAAAUAGUUUCGAUUCGGCUCUCAAAACACAAGUUUGCGACAAAUUGCAUGCCAAUGUCUCUCGUACUAGCUCCCAGACUUCAAAAUGGACACUUGACCCAGCCUUGGCCGAGUUCACUGCACUGCUCUCGUCUUUUGACCGCCUAGCCAAGUCACCCUUCACUCACACCGACGAUGAGGACGAGGUCGUAUCUACGAAACCAAAGUCCUCCAAUCACUUGGAAAUUUUAGACCGAAUUGCACUGGAAGGCAAUGUAUAUCAAAAACGACACCGACGAAACCGUGCAGCCCUCUGCGCAAGUACAGUUGGGUUUAGUAGUGAUAAGUCCACUGUUGACCUUCAACUAACAGACGACGAAACUAUAUCUAUGACUCCAAAGCCCCUGUCUCCUCAGAAAAAGGAAACGGAGGCUCCAAAAUGUAACAGCUUAAUGAAGGAUUUACCACCACUGCCGCUCUUGAAUGCUAGUAGCUCAACUAUUCCGGCCUUACGUGAAGCUGAUGACGAGACGCAUUCUGCAGAGGAUGGAGCUCAUUUGAAACUGAAACUUCGCAUUAACGGCUCAGUAUCGUCAUUGGACCCUGGUAGUCCCCGGGAGCAAGUCGGCGAACACGCAGAUGCCCAGCAACCAAGGCAAAAGUUGAGAUUGAAGAUAUCUCGCACCCAGCUUGGCCAAGGAAAAAACAAGCGCUAUAAUGGCAACUCAAAGAGCAGUCGGCUGAAAAACUGCAACUCUUUGGCGGAUUUGGCACCUGACGCGAAAUGGAUGGAUCAGUCCAAUGGCAACACAUCUACUUGUAAGCCGGCGCUCUACAGGAAGACCAGCUUGGACGUGAUCGAGGACGAGAAUGCAAGACGAGAGUCUUUGCAGUCGUUGGACCAGUUUAAUCUAUCUUACCCCCCCUCACCUAAAAAGCAAGACACAACUUCCAGAAGAAUUGGCUCCAGUGGAGAAUUAAAGAGCAUGAAAUCCGACUUUGAUUUGGCGGCAAAGCACCGACUUCGCCAGAAGCUGUCUUCCUUCAAACUCCGAUUUACGGGAAUGGCAGCACCUGCAGCAGCGAAGCUUGUGCAGCCGACUUAGGAGGACGACGAAGCUCUAAGAGGGGGAGGCUUCCUGCCCCAAUCGCGAGAUGUUGCCGCCGGCGAAGAAAUGAUGACGACGGCUAGAAGUGUCUCUAUACGCACCGGGCGACGUUCAAGUCGAGUGAGACGAUGGGUAUAUGAGGCUAGACGUAUGGUUCGAUCAUGUUUGAAGCAUACCGUUCGUCGACACCCGGAAAUGAGCUCAUAAAAAGACGUGAUUGUACGGAUAUAUGCCUUUGAGCCGGCGUUUGAUGGAAUGCCUCAGUAUUGAACCUAAUAUUGAAAGACGUCCAGAGGACAAGCCACUCGUUUAGAUUCUAAAUGAAUAUUGAGUUUCAAUGAUGAAAAUACUGUAUUAUCAGACGG